AUGGCGCUGGCGCUUUCCCAGGCGGGCGCAGACGUUGUACUGGUUGGUCGAAACGCGUCCGGGUUAGCUGAAGCAAUCGAGCAGAUAAAGGCGCAGGGUAGCGGCAGCGCUGUCCCUCUCGCAGCUGAUCUGCUUGAUCGCUCUCGCCUUGGCGAUGUGGUUGCCGAGGCAUCGGAAGCCUUCGGCACACCGGACAUACUGAUCAAUGCCGCCGGUAUUAACCUGCGUGAACCCUGGGAUGAAAUCAGUGAAGACAGUUGGCAGCAAACACUGGAUAUCAAUUUGUCGACACCGUUCUUUUUAGCGCGACACUGUAUUCCCGGCAUGAAAAGCAAAGGUCGCGGCAACAUCAUUAACGUCGCCUCGCUACAAUCUUAUCGCGCCUUCGCCAAUAGCAUUGCCUACGGUGCGUCCAAGGGCGGUAUUGCGCAAGUGACUCGCGCCAUGGCGGAAGCCUGGUCACCUUUGGGCAUCGUUAGUAACGCUGUGGCGCCGGGGUUUUUCCCCACCGAGCUCACCCGCAAGGUCUAUGAGAAUCCCGAGUUGCUGGCACACAACGCAGGCAUGACCGCUAUUGGUCGUAAUGGUGAGUUAUCCGAUUUGGACGGCAUCACCGUCUUUUUAGCAUCGGCCGCCGCCAACUACAUUACCGGGCAAAUUAUCGCUGUCGACGGCGGAUUUACCGCAAAGUAA